AGUAUUUUGUUCGUUUUUUCUUCACUUAGAACCUCAUCCCUUGCAUCAUCGCUGUAAUUUUUCUCUGACCGCCGUGCUUUUAAAUUCAAAGCUUGCGAACCAAUUUUGGUAGAGCGUGCGUAGUAGCGUGAAUACCGCUUGAAAUCUCGGGACACCGACUUCAAAGUGCCGACAGCUGAGUGAACUAUCUGGUAUCCGUAAUCUGUGUUAUUAGUGUCGUCAUUCUGCAACCAGUAAUACACGGAAGUACCAAACCACAAUGCGCUAAGCAAUUUUAGGUUUAGAUUUUUUUAAAUAUUAUUGAUUUGGGUAACGCAUUAAUAAUAUGUACAGCCUUAGUUAACAAUCGCAUUGAUUGAUCACCCCAUCAACGAUGGUUUUUUUCUGAAUGUGUAUUAUUAUUUAGUUGAGUAUAUUCUAUCGUUCAAUGCCUUCACAUCGUUCAGUGCAUUCACAUCGUUCACUUGGCAACUUGAAAACGAUUGGAUAAUAUAUUGAUAACUGUUAACACCACGUGUUAACUGUCAAAUCAUUAUGUCCCAAACGAGCUGGAACAAAAAGUUACUUAACGCAGUAGAAAACGGGGAAUUACAUGAAAUUGAAAAGUGUAUAGAAAAUGGGGCAGAUUUAAACCAUCUUGAUGGAAGCGGUGACACACUAUUGUCGAAUGCUGCUUACUAUGGCCCGCUUAACAUUGUCCAGUACUUCGUCCUUUUGGGUGCGGACCUAAACAAGAUAACUAUAUCAAACCGGAAAACACCCUUAUCAUGGGCAUUGCAUCACGGUCACGUAGACAUUGCUACAUAUUUAGCACAUAGAGGUGCCCAGUUAACAAUUCUUGAUCAUAAUCCACUUAUAUGUGCUGUAAUAACUGGGCAAACAGAAGCUGUCCAAUACUUACUACAGUCGAAAGUAGAGAUUAACAACUCUAAAGAAUCGGGUUUAACAGCACUCAACUGGGCUGCUCUGUUAGGAUAUUUAGACAUAGUGAAACUAUUGGUAGAAGCAGGAGCUGAUAUUAAUUAUGUUAACAAGAAAAAUAAAACAUCUAUAACCUACGCUUUAGAGGCAGAUAAUUUAGAUGUUGUAGAAUAUUUAAUCGCAAAAGGUUGUCAAGUACCCUGGCCCGAGGAAAGUGAAGAAUCACGAAGAAUUAAAACGCUACUCAGUUCAUUAAAUAUUAUACAUCAGUUAAUUAGCCUCGACUCGGAUCUUGAUGACUCAAAUAGUCCAACAGCAAGAUGCUUAUCAAGCGCUAUUAAAAGUGAAGACUUUGCUACCCUAAAAUAUCUUAGUGGAAAAGGUGUGAAUGUUAGUAAAGCAUCCUUGUUAGAGGCAGUACGUACUGGAAAUCUUGAAAUCACAGAAUUCUUACUAUCCAAAGGGUGUAAAGUUAAUCAAAUCGAUUCCGAUGGUAACACUCCUCUAACAAACGCAGUCAAGUCUAAAAAUAUUAACAUGGUCAGAGUUCUCGUAAACGCAGGUUCGGAUGUUUGUAAAGUUGGGCAGAGCGGUAGAACGCCGCUGUCAGUGGCUGCGGAAUUGCAGAACUUGGAUUUAGUUAAAUUGUUGCUAGAUAAGGGCGCAUCUCCUACAAUUCAGACUGUAUUUAUUGAGGCUAUUCAAGCCGGAAAUAGACAAAUCGUUGAAUACCUACAACAGAAAGGGGCUUCGGUCAACUUUAUGUAUGAAGAUGGAGGCACACCUUUAACCAAAGCAAUACAAACAGGCCAUUUAAAAAUUGCUGAAUUUUUAUAUGAGGAAGGUGCUAACCCGGAAGUGAUUAUUAAUGACGUAACAAAUUUGCAUUUAAUGAACUAUGUCACAAAUGGUAACAUUGAUAUGGUGAAUUUUUUGGUUGAGUUAGGUGUUAAAUUAGAAGUAGUAGGCGCAGAUGGUUCCACGCCUCUUACUAAAGCGAUAAAGAUUGAGAAUUUUCAGUUGGUUAAAUAUUUUAUAGAAAAAGGAGCCAAUGUUAAUGGCGUCGACGGCAACAAUAAGACUCCUUUGGCUGUAGCUGCGGAAAAUUGUUAUUUCUCUAUUGUGAAGUUUUUGAUAGAAUUUGGAGCAAAUAUAGAACUUGCCAAAUCAGAAUUAACGGCAUAUUGUAGUUGGAAUAAGGACCUUGCUAUUUACCUAAAAGUGAUGAACAAAGAAAUUUCCAACACUGUAAAUGUUUUAGGAUCUGGUCACGAUGGAAGUGAUUUGUUAGAAACCAAAGUGGAAGAAGAAAAAUGAAAACAGGCGCUGUCGAUAAACUAGCACAUUGUGUACCAUUUAUUCUGCCUCGGAAUAAAAAAAUUUAAAUCGCUUUCAGUUUGAUGAAUGCUUAAUUUAAUGUGUCGCAUUAAUUUCACAACAAACCGUACAUUUGUAAUAUAAAUUUAUAUUCUUGUUUUAAAAGGACGAGAAAGUUUUGUAGCUGAGAAAAUACACUUCCUCAGACGUCAGUUAUUUCGUACCUUUUCCUUCCUCCAUAGUGCUAGGAACCUUUUUUUUUUGACAACCUUUUGAUAACAUUAAUAAAGAUGUUAAUCAUAGACUUUUUAUAUACGAGUGUUUUGAAAUACA